AUGAUCAGAACAAUACCAACAAGAUCGAAGCCGUACGGAAUAGUGCGAUAUUUAGGCACUAGUGCGUCCCUUACCCCAACAAUCAAAGAACAGUUACUUGCUUCUCCACCUGUUGGUUCAAUUCUUGAAGUGCGUGGGUUUGUCAAAAGUAUAAGAAAUUCGAAAAAUGUCGGAUUCUUGGACAUUUCGGACGGUUCAACAUCAAAGAUAAUCAAUGUAGUUCUUGUUGGUAAGAAUCAGCCUAAAUUUCAAGUUGGAGAGAGUGUGAUUGUCAAGGGCGAAUGGGAUAUAAGCAAGGGAAAGGGCCAAGAUAAGGAGCUCAAAUACAACCCCGAUGACCCUGACCAUACGUAUGAAAUCAUUGGCCGAGUACCCGAGGACUAUCCCUUGCAAAAGAAGGCUACUUCGAUGUCGUUUUUAAGGACUCUACCAUCAUUGAAGCAUAGAGCUUCAACAAUUGCGUCGUUUUAUAGACUACGAUCCUUUUUGGAAACGCAAAUGAUGGGUUUUUUCAACAACCAUAGCUUUACAAGAGUGAGCCCUCCAUUAAUCACAAGUUCAGACUGUGAAGGUGCUGGAGAAACGUUUGAGAUAAAACUGGCAGAGGAGUUUUUUGACAAAAAGGCAUAUUUGACGGUCUCUACCCAGUUGCAUCUUGAAGCGAUUGCGUUGGCUCUUAACAGGGCAUGGACAUUGACUCCUUGCUUUAGAGCGGAAGAUUCCAAGACUAAUAGACAUUUAAGCGAAUUUUGGAUGUUGGAAGCCGAGGUCUCAUACUUGGAUGAUUUGGAGCCUUUGCUAAACUUCACUGAAGAGAUGAUCAAAUAUGCCACAGGGAAGCUCGUGGAAAGAAAGGAGGACUAUCUUGAUGGGACAUACUUGGACAAAGAGGUUAUAGAGUCUAGGUGGAGACAUGUUCUUGGUGACUGGCGUCGCAUCUCUUAUAAUGAAGCUCUCGAUGAGUUGAACAGCAAAGGAGCGAACUUGAGAUUUGGCGACUCGUUAAACUUGGACCAUGAAAGGGUAUUAGCUGAAAGGGGUCCUGUUUUUGUUACUGAUUACCCAGCAUUGAUGAAACCAUUCUACAUGUCAAAGUCAUUAAAGUAUAACCAAGAGAAACCAACAGUUGCAUGUUUUGAUUUACUAUUGCCUCAGUUUGGAGAACUAGUUGGUGGAUCCUUGAGGGAGCAUAAUUAUGACACACUUGUCGAAUCGAUGCUGAAUAACAAUAUGGAUCUAGAAGACAUGGACUGGUACACUAAUUUGCGUAAAUGCGGUACUAUUCCACAUGGUGGCUUUGGUAUGGGCUGGGAACGAUUUGUGACUUAUUUGUCAGGACAUGAUAAUAUCAGAGACUUGGUUCCAUUUCCAAGAGCUCCUGGUCUUUGUAAAGCGUAG